AAACAAUUUCAAGUCAAAAAUUUCCAACUGCGGACGUGACUCUUCUUUAUCUGAAUGAACUACUUUUCGAAUUUAGUUCUUUUUGGAAUCGUGAUCGCUAUGGGUGCUGCCGGAGUCAAGGAAGUCAAUUUCGAAGAGCUUCGUGAUGGGUUAAGCAACGCUAGCCUAGUUUAUUUAGAUGUUCGCAAUAGAGACGAAAUUGUCAAUGACGGGAAAGUGGUUGGCAGUGUGGUGGUUCCAUUGCCGGAAUUAGAAGAGGCAUUCACCAAAGGAGAUGAAGCAUUUCUGACCAAAUAUGGUUUCUCCAAACCUGCUAAAGAUGCCACAAACAUAGUUGUGGGCUGCAGAUCUGGCCGUAGGGCUGUCUCAGCUAUUCAGACUCUUGAAAAAAUCGGAUACAACUCAUUGAUGAUCUACAAAGGAAGUUUCAAUGACUGGGUAGCUAAAGGUGGAGCCAUUACCAAAGGUCUUUAACCACAGUUGCUGUGCACCUGCCAAGGGAACAAUUUCUACUCUGCAAUUGCUGUCUAUUUUUUUAUUAUUAUGACUUUUUGGGUGACAGGUGAUAUCUUUUUUAUCCAUUAUUAUGCAUAUUACGCUCAACAGGUUUCCUUUUUUUU